UAUCUGCAUUCACACAUGAAGUUAGGGUUUCACGUUGCUGAUGCUAACUUCAAGUGAAUCAGAGAUAUCUACAAACGAAAAUCUGACAGUGAACAACAAAUGGGACUUUCUUGAGAAGAAUAGAAAUAUAUUCGUGAUUGAAAAUUGUGAAAUAAAGUCGUGAAAGACAAAAAAAUUGAUAUUUAUCAAUUACUUUUAUCUCCCAGAAACUCAUUAAGAAAAAAUUAUUUUCUGUACUUCUCUUAUUGUCUUCACAAUUCUGACACAAAAAAUGACAAAUCCCCAAAAAUAACAAAAUUCUAUUCUCUGACUUCACUUAAUUAUACUCAAAGUGCGCGAAAAUGCUGCCAGGAAUUGGAUUAUUCGGCACUGGAAGUGUAGUUCGUGUGAUAGUCCCCUUCCUCCGUGAAAAGGGCUUCAAGAUCGAGGCAAUCUGGGGCAGGACCCUCGCAGAAGCAGCUGAAGCAGCCAAAGACCUUGAAAUUCCCUUCCACACUAACAGAAUCGAUGACGUCCUCCUCAGAAAGGAUGUAGACCUCAUCUUCAUCAUGUGCUCCCCGGGCCUGCAGGCACAAAUAUCUGUCAAGGCCCUGGGGAUUGGUAAGCACGUUGUAUGUGAUAAACCUGCUGGUUUGAACCAGAAUCAGGCCCUGAAGAUGGUUAGAGCUGCACAGUACUAUCCCUCGUUGAUCAGCAUUGUUAAUCAUAGUCUGAGGUUUCUCCCUGCAUUCGUCAGGCUGAAAAGCGCUCUAGAGGAUGGAUACCUGGGGGGUCCUGUUACCAUCGUCGAUAUCAGGGUGCAGAUGGGGAGUUUGUUGCGAAAAGAAUAUGACUGGCUUUGCGAUAACACAAUGGGCGGAGGAAUUCUCGCCCUGGUGGGUAGUCACGUCAUAGACUUGAUCUUCCACCUGAUAAAUCAGAAAGCAUCAAAAGUCCACGCAGUGGUGAGGACCUUCACCCAGACGGCACAAAACAUCAAUGGAAUUCGUCGAGUGACGUCGCCAGAUUUUUGCUGCUUCCAGAUGGAGUUGACAGGAGGUGCCCUGGUGACAGCAACACUCAGCAAUCACUUUCGUGGACAAUUGAUUCAAGAGGUAUUGAUCUGUGGAACUAAUGGACAUCUGGUUGUGCGAGGAGGGGAUCUUCAUGGGUAUAGGAAUGGCCAGGAGGAGGUACUCUACAGAGACAUGGAGAAUCUUCAGGAGAAUUUGCCGACCAUAACAGACCCCAUACCGAGACCCUAUGUCAAGGGCUUGAAGAACAUGAUUGGAGCUCUCAGAGAGGCUUUUCAACCCGUGGAGGACAAGAGAGGAUGGAUCAAGGAGCCCGUGUCCCAAGCAGCGACUUUUGAAGAUGGUCUGUACAUUCAGGCGGUCAUUGAUGCUCUCAAGCAGAGCAACAAACAUCGAGAGUGGACCAAAGUGACGAUUUUGACUGAAGAACCUGACCCCAAUCCUCUUCUCAGUGCUGCUGUCAGAGCCACUGCUAUCUCAAUCUAAUGUCGCUAAUUAGUGGACUAGUCAUUCAAUUUUUUUAUUCAAAUGAAUAAAUAAAGUGGACGUUAGAGGGAGGUCCCAGGGGAAGCUUUAAUUCUCAGUUGAUGAAAGUCAUUAUUGAGUGACUUUUAAUUUGUGGUGAGGCAGCUAACAAUUUUUGAAAAGUAUUUAGCAUUCUAAAUUGCUUUCAGAAAUUCAGUUGAUUUAAAAUUUUUAGAAAUGUUCAUUCAAUUGUACAGAGUAAAAUUAGCUUUUUUUAUUUUCUCACUUCGAUUCUAGAAAAAUAAAAUUAUUUUGGUUUAGGGCUAAUAGGAUACGUUAUGGACUUGAAUAUUCCUUGAACAGUUAAAUGAAAAUUGUAUCGAUUACAAUAAUAUUUGUCGCGUAUAAUUACGUGAUGUCAAGUCUGAAAUUAGGGAUUUUGGCAGCUAUUUGACGAUUUUGUUGUUUAAUUAUUCUGCGUUUUGUUAGUUGGACUUCGAAUAAUUUUGUUCUAAUCAUAAAAACAUUCUGGAAGACGUGUAAAUCAUUAUAUCGCCCUUUAAGUAAUUUUUUCAUUUUUUAUCCUAUCACGAAAUCUAAACUGUUUACCCUAAGCUUUAAGCCUUCACACAUAUCGUGUCCAAAUCAUUCUUACUAUUGAUAUCAAGACCGCUUAUUUAUAAAUCGUUUUAGAGGAAAAAAAUGUUAAAUUAUUAAAAAUAAUAUUUUCUGCAUAUUAUUAAAAAAUAGUGACUCGAAAAAGAUUCAUUUUGAUCAAUCCUAAUUGACAUUACCGAGAGUAAAUUAAAAAAAUCUAAUCGAAUAUAAGUUACGGUACGAGGAGUAUUCCUCAUUUAAAAACGAAAGACAACAUUGAAAACAAAGAGCCAGAGAAGAAUAUUUUAUCUGUUUCCCUUGAACAGUAAUUCUGAGAAUUCUUUAUAUGGACAAUUGGAAUAUUCAGAAGGUCUUUAUUAAUCAUGAUUUAUUUAUGAAAACCUGUGAAAAAUGAGGUACUUAUAUUUCUUCACUUCAGAACAAACGAUUUCUAUAAUUUUUUCAUAUACAGAAAAAAAAACUGAUUUCCCUUGUAAUAGACAGUAUUAAUAUUAUUAAUUUAUGAAUUAAGUCACACGGUUGUAUGUUUGAGACUAACAAAAAAUGGAAAGAAAAAAAAAAUAUACUUUUGUACAUCACCCGAA